AUGGAUUAUAAAACACAAAGUGUUCAGUCUGUUGUGUAUGAAAGUGAAGGCCUUGAAACAAUCUCAAAUAAUGAAAGUAUUGAAGUAACCACCACUAGCAAAAAUCCUGAAACAACUACUAAUGAAAGUUCUGCAGUAACUACUAUGAAUGAAAGUUUUAAAAUAACUACUGUUUAUAAAAAGCACAGAAAAAAUCAGUCAGAAUCAUAG